AUGGUUACUAAAGUUUGCACACAGUUAGCCAACAGUUCUCUGUCUGAAGAAGCCGUGUUAGGAUUUGAGUAUGGUAUGAGUAUAGAUGACCCUCAAAGUCUUAUUAUAUGGGAAGCACAGUUUGGAGACUUCUUCAAUGGAGCACAGAUUAUGAUAGAUACAUAUAUAGCCAGUGGAGAGUUAAAAUGGUUAUUACAGAGCGACUUAGUGAUGUUAUUACCUCAUGGUAUGGAUGGAGCAGGGCCUGAACACUCAUCUUGUAAAAUUGAAAGGUUUCUACAGGCAACAGACAGUAGUGAAUACAAAGUAGACGGAGACAAUGUCAACCUUCAGGUUGUCAACGCUACAACUCCCUCUCAAUACUUCCAUCUUCUCAGACGUCAGGUGGUCCGGAACUUCAGAAAACCUUUGGUAGUGGUAGCUCCUAAAACAAUCUUACGUUUACCUGCAGCAACCUCUACCUUAGAAGAUAUGUUACCUGAAAAACAUUCUUACCUGUGAUUGGGGAUAAGAAAGUUAAAGGUGACAAGGUCAAAAAGGUCAUUUUCUGUAGUGGUAAACAUUUCUAUACAUUGGACAAGGAAAGGGAUUCCAAGAAAUAAGAUGAUGUAGCACUUGUGAG